GAUGAAACAAAUAAAGUGUUUGAGCAUUUGUACAACAACAGUGUGCGGUUGUUGGUACCAGCGACCAGGUGACUGAAGCCACGAACUCAGACCCGAGUCACUGUCCAGCAACUAAAGAAAGGGAAAGCAACAUCAGCUACCGCACAUUUAACUCAGUCUACCAGACGCGGUUUCCGAUACAGUCAUACAUUUUAUCUUAUCCAGCUCAUCCUUCGCUAAAAAUGGUGAAUAAAUUAGACAGUUGACAAAGGACACGAAGCCUCUCCAUCAGCCUCGAUGACUUAACAGCCAUGAUAAAUAUAUUUAUUUAAAUCUGAAGAUAAUAAUAAUAAUAUUAAUAUUAAUUUAUAAUGUUAAAUCCAAUACUCGGUAUUUCACCAGUCUGGUGGUUAAUUAUUUACGCCGGGGUUUUGUUGCUAUUAUCACCAGUGGUACUUGUUUUGAUAAUAUUUUUACCAAAUUUUCCAUUACUACUGUUAAGACGAAUGUGUUACAUUCCAAUCGAGCCGAUAUAAAAUGCCAGAGCUCAAGACUCAAGGCCACUUGUUGCCGAUCUGUCAUCUGUAAGAAUUUUAUUUUCCUUUGCCAUUUAAAUAACAAUAAAUAAUAUAUACACAUAUAAAUGUAUAUAUUGACAAUAACAAUUAUCUUAAUGGAGUAUUUAUUUUAAAAUUAAUUAAGAAUAAGUUUAAUGACAUAAACAAAUGAUGACUGGUUCGAUCAAUCAGUCGCGAGUCCUGAGGUUUAUUUACGCGCAUUCACGUUGCAGUACUAGUUGUAAUAAUAAUAUAAUAAUGUCACACAUCAAGUACUUUCGCCAACUCGGUAUGUAAGUGGGAGUUUAUGUCUGGAGUGGUCUGGAGACCCUGGUUUCGAUCACGUAUAUACAAGGUACCAGGUCGAGAAUCCUGAUACUUGUUAUCUGCUGCUCACGGACUGGUGCUCAGCAUAAUAUGGAUUUAUUCUUACGUAUUUUAUUGCUGACAUGUUUGCUGUCAUUGAAAAUAUCAGCAGAACCAUCGCCAAAGUUGUUGAAGAAUCCAAAAGUUUACAAUGUCGUGGUGACAAGUGACCAGAAUCUCCAGCCAUCGCAAGCUUACCCAGUAGUUCAGCCGGUAGCUCAGAGUCAGGUCGUUGGAUACUACCCGCCUUAUUACGGUGGAUAUUACCCGUACCCAUAUGGAGCUUACGGACCCUAUGGGCCCUACGGGCCUUACGGUUACGGACCAUGGGGUCCUUACGGACCUUAUGACCCAGUGCCUCUGGUCCCAGGUGCGCCUUUUGAUCCCCGAAUGCCUUAUCCGAAUCCAAACCAGCCAGCAAAUCCACAGCCCGCUGACAACCCGAACACUGAAUCAGUCAGCAAAGAAAUGAAAGAAGUGUCUAUUAACUUCGGCAAGCAAACCGACGGUUCAAAAAACUCCGAAGUUGAUGACAUGUCUAAAGAAGAGAAGGACAAAGAUAAAGACCGCGUGCCUUUGACUUUCUACCCGAGUACACAGUCAUCAGUUUACUUCAAUCCAUACUACUACGGUCACAAUUUACCUCCUCAUGUACCACCACCUGGAACUUACUACUUAAAUUAUCAACCCGCAGGUCCGAUUCCGGUACCAGCAGCUCUUCUGCCUCAGCAGCCUCCCAGCACUCGCUUAGCUCCUCAAGAAAGCUCCGCUAAGCGACCGGCUAACAUCCAAGAAGCUAAAGAAACUAAACAAGAAACUCAAACUAAAAUUCCUGAUGUUCCGCCGCCUCCAGUGCCAACCAAAAAAAGUUUAUGAUUUUUAUUUUUACCAACCACUUAGUCACGUAAAGACACUUAAUAUUAAUAAUAAUAAUAAUAAUAAUAAUUAGUUCUACUUACUUACUGUUAGUUUUUAAAAAUUAUCUUUUUACCCACCGCAAAAACAACAAAAACAACAUUGUCAGCUUCUAGUUCUUUUAAUAAGAAUUUUCAUUACUCGUAACUCUUUGCUGUUUAUUCUUAAACAAAUUGACACCUUAUUUUUAUUUAUACUUUAAUUAUUUAAUAUUAAAACCAGGUCCCGACUUGAUGGAUUUUAAAACUGCCGUCUACUGAAUGCAAUUGUCCCUUCAAUCUACGACUCGAACAAAGAUUACAUUGCCACUAAUUGAUCUCCAUGGCCGCAGUCAUCGAGUGAAGAUAAAAAUAUAAAUUUAUUUUUGGAUACUCGUGUCCAGUAAAUGGUUUACUUCUGUUACUUUGUUUAUUUUAUUAAUUAAUUGAUUAAAUAUAAAAAGGCGGGAAACGAUUGCGUUCAAAGUUUGAGUUAUAAAUAAAUUUAUUUAAUGUCUGAGGAUUAUUUUUGGAAAUGCCUGUGGUGAAGAAGAAACAAUUGGCAUAGAAUCAUUUAAAUUAUUUUAUAUAUAAAUAUGUUUAUAUAUAUAAUUGUAUUAUUUGUCUGACGAUCUAUUGGUUGUCAAAAGUUUUAUGGCAACCUUGUUAAUUUUAUCCGCUAUUUUUAUUUUAUUCAAUUUACGCCAAUCGGCAGAAUACAUCAAAAAAAUUUACGGCUUUAAUUAAAAGCAAAACUUAAUUAAUUAUUAAUGGAUUCUCAGGCAAUGCCCCCCCCCCCACUUUCAUAUGUCGUAAAAUAUUGGGAGUGAACUCGGAAUGAUUACGGAUUUUAUUUAAAUCCAAAUUCACUCCGACCCGGAGUUUCAAUAUUAAAUUAAACUCCUCUUUGGAGUAAAUUUACUCCAAGGGGAUUAAAUAAAUAAACAGCCCUCCGGAUUUACUCCGCGUUCUCCGCUAAUUUUUUACAGUGAACACAGUAAACAAAUUGGAAGUGAUUUCGUAGUGAUUACGGAGUUUAUUUGAAUCCGCAUUCACUCCGACCCGGAGUUUCAAUAUUAAAUUAAACUCCUUUUCGGAGUAAAUUUACUCCAAGGGGAUUAAAUAAAUAAACAGCCCUCCGGAUUUACUCCGCGUUCUCCGCUAAUUUUUUACAGUGAACACAGUAAAAAAUUGCAAGUGAUUUCUUAGUGACUACGGAUUUUAUUUAAAUCCUCAUUUACUCCAUUACUCAGAGUUACGAAGUAAAAAAAAAUCACUCCGCAUACGGGGUAAAUAGGGAGUUUUUUUUAGGAGUGAAUUUCACUCCGGUCCAAAAUUAAACUUCCCUUCGGAGUGAAUUUUAGACCAAGAUUUACUCCGGAUUUACUCUGCUAAUUUUUUACUGUCAUGGUAUUAAAAUUUUUUUAAUAAAUUAAAAAAAAUUAAAGCACAGAUUGAAAAAAAGUACAAUUUCGCCGAGAUAGAUUUAAAAAAAAAUUACUUACAGUUGUUAUCAAUUAGGAGAUAAACGAAAUUAAUAAAUAA